AUGCCCGAUCACCAAAGCGGACAACUGGAUCCAGUCGCAGGCGUCGACGAAUUCCGCUCGGGAGUCAAGCUCCAACCACCGUUGUCCCGAGUCUAUGUGGAAGAAGCAGCCCGCAGGUUGGCCAAGGCUAGGAUUGGGGACAAACUACUCUUACCCAACGUUCUAGGACAUGACGUUGAGAGCAACUAUGAACCGACCGACAACUCGGACGACCGCGAACUGGUCUUCCAUUCGAGAGCAGUCGCAGUCAGGAAGCCAUACUCGUACCAGUACGAAGUGGAAGCCAUGUCGAGUUGCUUCCCUCUUCCGUUACAACACCACUCGACACGAGGCUACGUAGCGUACAACGAAUACUAUUACCCCGGGGCCCUCCGUGAGAUGAAUAACGCGACCUUCGUCGUCGUCUUUCCCGGACACAAUGAAACCCUUGUCCAUCGGGAGCUCAUCGGAGACUACGCGCAGGAAGAGCGUAUACCGGCUGGCCUUCUUUGCGAGCGGCUCGAGUACGAAACCAACGGGAACCCGCCGGAAAUUCCUAAUGAACCCAGGGGAAGACGCCUUCUGAAGAUCAUCAAAGAGGAGGACUGGUACGCGCUUCCCGUUCCCAACGAUAGUUGGGAUCGUUUUCACUGCGGCAAGAACAUGUGA